CCCCACCCCCACCACCACCCCACAGAGCCCGCGAUCAGAAAAGAUAACUGAAUUCAACCAAUGUUGAACCUGCACGCAAAACUGAAUUCAGCCAAUGUUGAAUCUACAAGACAAAGCUGUUGUGGUCAGGAUAAAUGAAUUCAACCAGUAUUGAACCCACAAGGCAAGCUAUUGAGGUCAGGAUAACUGAGGAGUCCGAGUGGAUGUCUUCAUGGAUAUUGUUGAUAUAUUUAACCCUUUGAUAUCCACGGACCAUUUGGAUGACAUUCUGAUUUUAGAGUCAAACUUAGAAAGUGAAGUUUGUGAUGAUUGUGGCACAGAACCAGAAACCCUGGGAGGUUCUUUAAGAAAUAUGCUGAGUGACAAAGAUCCUAUGCUAGGAUCUGCUAGUGCACAGUUCAGCCUGCCCUUUUCAGAUACUGAAGAUAGCAACUUUCAGCUAACUUGCUCAACAGAUGCUGAACUUGAGCUCACCGAUGAGGGUGAAAUGAAAGAAAGUAGCCUUGAUACUAUGGAGGAAGAGGAUUUGUCAGAUCUUUCCAACAAGAAAGCAAAGGGGAAAUCAUAUAAAUCCCCCGCACAAUCACCUCGAAAGUCUCCACGUUUGUUGGCCCAAGAACCAGUUCGAAGUCUGCGCAACAGUACCAUAGCUAAGAGGCUCAGUCCAGCAAAUGUAACCCCUACGAAAAAGAAGGAACAAGUAAAGUCUGUCUCUGUUGGAGCAGGGUCACCAAAACUGCCAGAUAGACAUGAGAAGCAAAGUCCGCAAAAAUGUGGAGGAAAGGUUCAAUCACAGGAGCAACACGUGUCAGAAAAUGUUCAGAGGAAUGCAGAAACGGAUCAUAAGUCUGCAGACUCUGAUCCUAUAGAUUCAAAGAGCCCAGAGCUCGGAUCAAUAGAACAGAGCAACGAGCCGGAAAGUACACUGGAAAUAACUUGUGGAAGUCCCAAAUGUACUUCAGUAGAAUCAAUGGAGCAUCAAGCAAUAGACCCUACAGUAGAAUCACAGUGUUCGAGAGAGCCGCAAAUUGUUUUAGAGGCAGAAAAAGACCCUUCAGAUACAGUUGUAGAGGAUGUAAAUGAUCUCCAUUGUCUAGAGGCACAAGUUGCAUCAUUUAGCCAAAGUUCAUUUGAAUCUGCUUUGCAAUCACAGCAUUUAGCAGAAGUAACUGAAACUAUUCAAGAAUCAACGGCAGAGAAUGUUAGUGCACAAAAUAAUGCACUCUGUGACACUCAUCAAGAUGAGCAAGCCAUGUCCUCAGUUCCUAGUCUAGUCGAGUCUGUUCAAGAAUUGCAGUGCUCUGCUGAAUCAUUAGGUGUUACAAAUUCAGAUGGAGAUCCUGCUGAGGCCGUAAUAGGAGACCUUCAGAAUGUAGGUGAUAUCCCUUGUGGAAUCAUACAUGAAGCUGCAGAGAAGUCAAAGGAACUUGCAUCAGAAGGAAAGAUAGUAGAAUCUUUUGAAAAAAUGGAUACUGUGGAAACUAAUAAUGAACAGACGAGUGAGCUAGUAGAGGAGAAUCCUGUUGUAGCAAAUACUGAAGCACUGGCUACGAUGGGAGACCUCCAUCCAAAACUGGAAGAAAAUGUUCAAAAUCCAGUUGGUGGAGAAUUACCAAUAUCUUCUGAAUUAAUUACUCCCAUAAAUUAUGUAGAUGCACAGGGUGCUCAAGACACCCAGCCAAGUAAUGAAACUAUUCCAAGUAAUGCUAGCUGUGUCAUAAAACAGAACAUUUCAAGUGUGUUGGAAAUGGUUGAAGACUCUGAGGACAUUAAGUCAAUUCAACUUGAAGCUCGAGUUGGUGAUUCGGAGCAGCCUGAGAGUGGGAUACUUGAGAUCAAACCCGAGCAAGAAAUAGUAAAACCCGUUUCUUCAAAUGUAGUUGCCAAAGGUGCCAAUGAUUCUCAAAGUGAUGAUUGUGCCAGCGAUCACUUGGCAAACAGGGAGCAAGAUGAUUCAACUAAGAAACAGUCAGAUCCCAUUAAUGAAAUAAUCCAGGAUCUUUCUGAACAUAAAGACGAUGCUGAAAUUCUCCCUGUGAAGGAGGGUGCGAUGGAAUCUAAGUGUCAGUCUUUAAAACAGGAGACGUCACCAUUGAAUCCUCAGCAUAAACCUGAACAAGUAGAUUUAAAACCAGACCAGACUGAAAACGUCCUGCGCACCAAUAGGAAGAAAACUAAAUCGGAUGUUCCGUCGUCUGAAACACUUAAACAAUCUAAAUCGCAUACUUCUUCAAUAACUAGUAAAAGGAAGUCAACAGACCAAGACGAACAACACAUUCACAAGGCAGUUAAGAGUUUGAAAACACAGGUUGCACAGGAUGCUAAAUUCAAAAUUGAUCAUCCGCAAAAGAAAAACUUUGGCAAACCCUCUCCUAUUUCCCAGGGUGCAAAAAUGCAGACUGCAGUUACAUCCCAGAUGUGCAAGACCACGUCAAUGUCUCCUUCUGGGAACGAUAAGCAGAGGAAGGUGGUCCAGGUAUCUAAACAUGGUUCUAAUUCUGUUUUAAAACUGAGUGAGAUACCAGCAAAACAAGGGCUACACUGUGGCCACAAACCUGUCCCCUCGGGCAAAAUAUUUCCUCAGCAGACAGAUAACAUAAAGGAAAGAGAUAAAGGAAAACAUGCUGACCAUUCUAAUGAAGAUGAGAGAGAUAAAAUGAAAGCCAGAAAAAUUGAGAAGGGUAUUCCGCCAAGGCAGCGGAGGAGCAGCAAAAGCUUCUCACUGGAUGAGCCACCAUUAUUUAUUCCAGAUAAUUUGCCUCUGGUAAAAAAGGAGGAAACCGAUGUGGACCAUUCCAACCCUGUUGUGACCUCAGAUUUGUGGGACCCCAAAAAACUCUGUGGCUUUUGCAGGAAACCCCAUAAUAGCAGGUUCAUGGUAGGGUGUGGAAGAUGCGAUGAUUGGUUUCACGGAGAGUGUGUUGGAUUGACACUUGGCCAAGCCCAGCAACUGGAGAAAGAGGACAAAGAAUAUAUUUGUUUGAAAUGUUGUGCUGUGGAAGACAAAGCUCCAUCAAUCAAUCACAGUCACAUUAAACAUAUUGUACAUAAUGACAUGGAAAAAGCAAAGCCUGAAUUGGUCCUCGAGCGUUCAAACCAUUUAAAAAAUGAAAAGGCCCCUGGCUUGAAAACUAGUAUGACUAACGCUAAGGAUUUGGAGAUGAAGGAUGCGAAAAAGACAAAUUUGGUGAAUGAGCGCCUGAUCGGACAGUUAACAGGAACAUCACCAGCACCUGAACACAGGAAAGAUAAACUUCUCAAAGAUCUUACAACCACACGGCUUGGUCAAGGAGAAAAGCUUCCAAAACUAGAAUUAAAGGACAAAAUCUCUGUGAAAAAGAAAGGAGAGAAAGGAUCAAAUACUGCACCAUCUCCAACCAGCCCUUCUACACCUCAACCAACCGUUGAACAAAUUAGACAGAAUGUUCGCCAUUCCCUGAAGGACAUUUUAGCAAAAAGGCUCUCGGAUUCGGAUUUGAAGGUUCCGGAGGAACGAGCAACCAAGGUUGCAGCUAGGAUUGAGAGAAAGCUGUUUUCUUUUUAUGGAGACACAGAUACUAAGUACAAAAGCAAAUACAGGAGCUUGAUGUUUAAUCUCAAAGAUCCCAAAAAUCAAGUGUUGUUCAAACGAGUGUUAAAAGGUGACAUUGUACCUGAUCAUUUAAUUCGUAUGAGUCCAGAGGAACUGGCAUCAAAGGAAUUAGCUGCAUGGAGACAGAGGGAGAAUAGACAUACGAUUGAAAUGAUAGAAAAGGAACAAAGGGAAGUUGAGAGACGGCCAAUUACAAAAAUAACCCAUAAAGGAGAAAUUGAAAUUGAGAGCGAGACGCCAAUGAAAGAACCUGAAGUGGUAAUCACAGAGGAGGCUGAACCAAAAGCUGCAGAUCCAAAACCCACUGUAGAGAAAUUAGAAGAGAUUGAAGAGGAAGCUCCAAUAGAUGCCACUGAAGACACCACGUGUCAGCACAAAAACCAUCUUUUUGACUUGAAUUGCAAAAUUUGUACAGGUCGAAUGGCUCCACCUGUUGAGGAACUGCCUCUGCCGAAAGUCAAAGUAGCUACAAGCGUGACAAGACGUCAAUCAGACGUUGAUGCUGAAUCAGCCUUUUUGGCAGAUGCUCUUUCCUCUGCUACCAGCAUCUUGUCUUUUGAUGCAAUAACGGAAGGUACAACGGAACCAGUUCAGCUAUCCACCUCCUCUGAGACAAGGUCAGAACUGUAUGAUAUUGCAGAAGAUGAGUCCAAAUUUCUAGCUCGACUAGAUUCUCUCUGGAAGGGAUUUAUCAAUAUGCCCAGUGUGGCCAAGUUUGUUACCAAAGCAUAUCCAGUCUCUGGCUCAUCAAAUCACUUAACAGAGGAUUUGCCGGAUACGGUACAAGUAGGAGGGAGGAUUCCUCCUCAGAUGGUUUGGGACUAUGUGGACAAGAUAAAAGCUUCAGGAACUAAGGAGAUAAGUGUCAUACGUUUCUGUCCAGUGACCGAGGAAGAUCAGAUAAUGUACACUUCACUAUAUACAUACUUCAACAGCAGGCAACGGUAUGGAGUGGUAGCCAACAAUGUGAAGCAGGUUAAGGACAUGUAUCUUAUUCCAUUGGGCGCCUUGGAAAAAGUUCCUUAUCGGCUCUUACCAUUUGAUGGGCCAGGUCUGGAACAAAUUCGCAAGAACCUUCUCCUUGGAUUGAUCAUUCGACAAAGAAUGAAAAGAUCAUUUAGUGCUUCACCCUCUGAAGAAGUCCCUGAAUCUGAGAAGCUGCCUACUAGUUUGCCUCAAGAAAAGAAAAGCAAACCAGAGUUUGUGGAAGAUGAAGUGGAAGUUGAAGAGGAAGAGGAGGAAGAAGAAGAAAAUCAAUUCUUUAAUUCCUUCACUUCUGUGUUGCCUAAGUUUAGAAGCAAGCCCAAACAGUCCCCACCUGCAGAACCUCAGAUUUUGCAAACACCACCUGCAUCGCCAGCUGAGCCGAUUCCUAUCCUGUCCAUGAAACCAUUGAGAUUUCUUCCCGGAGUUUUGGUUGGUUGGGAAAACCAAUCCACGGCCCUUGAAUUAUCAAACCAACCACUGGACGACAUUCUUCAGAGUCUUUUGGGAGAUGCAGAUAGAGAAACUGAAGCAAAGCCUGUCUCCAGUACCGAGCCUGAAUUAGGAGAUGUUGUGACUGAUAAAAAAUAUUCAGAUAUGUCACAACCUGAAGAAACCACUGAAGAUCAAAAGAGUGAUAAAAAUGCCUCACAUGAUCUUCCAGAGGAAAAUGAGAAGGCAGAUGUCGUGGACGAUGCCAAAGUUACUGAAAUGUCAAAGGGAACUGGAAUCCUUACAACUCUCACACUGAAAGACAAGCCACCAGAUGUAUCAACUGAAGUGUUUCUUUCCAGUCUUGCAGCUUUAAAACCACAGCCAAGUAAAAAAGAAGAGCACGAGAAACUUCGGCAUCACUAUAAAGUCAAAAAGGUAAAAAUAGAAAACUCAAAAGAGAAAAAUGAGACUUCUAGUGGUUCUGAAACGCAAACUGUGAGUCCCAAGGUUGAGUUAGCUCAAUCUGAGCCCAGUACAGAUGCAGAAGAGGUAGAUCCUACACAUGAAACUCUUGCGAGCGUCUUGAAGGUUGUCAAUGCAAGCAGAGACCCAAGACAAGCAGCUGUACGAAAGCAACAAAGUGGUUCCACAAUAAACAAGCCACCGGAGAACAAUGCUGAGGAGCAGUGUUUGGAAAACAGAGAAGAUAAAUGUGAGAAUGAGAGCUUAAACACAAAGGACCCAGAGGAAGUUGUAAAGAAAUCCUCAAAAGAACACCAAGAAAAAAUAGACACAAAACAGGUUCCUGAAGAAACAAUUGAUUCCCAAAGUGAACAGUCCAGUAAACAAUUGCAGGAACCAACACCUUGUAUUACAGAGAUUUCUCCAUCAAUUGCUCAGAAUAUUUCAAAACCAGUAUCAGAAACAGAAUCUACAAGUUCUUUACAUAAAGGUCAAACUGUUUCUAAUACAGGAAUGGUAGCAACACACACCAUUGAGACCGUGCAAUCAGUCCGAAGGGAAAAUGUCCCAUUACCUCCAUUCCAUGGGCCACGUACAGGUCCGCGUUUUGAAUUCUCUUCAAAAACAGUGCCCACACACAACAAAACUCAGGCGCCGGCAGUGUCCACCUCAUUACCAAACCGCGGUCCUUCAGAUGGCCCAGUACUGAGUGGAAACAUCUUCCCUCCACCAAUGUCACAACUGCACAACUUUUCCCAAGUUAAUCGUCAUCCUUCAGGCUUUCCAUUUCAGCGACCGUUACCUGGUGUUAAUUUCCAACCAGGUAAUUUGAUGCCUUCAUUCAUGUCUGUACGGGGCCCACCACUCCUCCCACCACCAUUUAGCCUUCAAAAUGAUCCUCGUUUAAGGUUUCAUGCUCCAGAUCUUCGUCCAGCACAUGUCUUGGGCUCAAACCAUAUGAUGCCUUGGCCACCACCAAUUCCCUGUCCGCCACAGCAUCACCUGGGUCUUCUGCAUCUUGCACACGGGCAAAUAAUGCCACCUUUCACUUCUGAAUGCCCAAUUAAUAUUAACAGAUUUGUACCAAGUCCAGGAGUACCAAGGCUUCCAUCUAUCAAGGAAGAUCACAGACAAGAAAGGCAUCAGGAUGAUCAUUGGGAUAGAUAUAGCCAAAAGUCAGAGCAUAAUCUUAGCAAGGAACAUGGCAGUCAUCAUAGACAUAGGGUUUAUAGUGAUUAUCAUCGAAGAAAAGAUCGGCACAAAGAAAGGGAGAAGGACAAAUACUGGGAUCGAGGGUCUGAACGAGACAGGGACACGUAUAAAGACCGAGAUAAAGGCCGAGAAAGAGAGAAGCGGCGAAGUCAUGAGGACAGGCAUAGAGAUAAAGAUCGGGACCGAUAUCGGGAUCGUGAAAGGAACCAUGAUGGUGUGGAUUCGAGAAGAGACCGAAGCAAAGACAAAGAUAAGAAUAGGUCUGAAAAUGAAGAUCACGACAGUGACAAAGAGAGGGGAAAGGGAAAGAGCAAGGACAAGCACAGAGAGAAGGUUCAGGAAAGAGAAAAAGACAUAGAACGGGAUAGGCACCACAGGGAUAAGGACCAUGAUAAAAGGGACCACAGUGACAAAAGCAAAAGCAAGAAGCGGAGGAUUUCCCCAGAAGCUACUUCUGAUUAGCAACUGUACAGAACCAAAACAUGCUAAUUUGUGAACUUUGCCCUGAUAAUUUGAAAAAAGUACCAAUUGGUUUACCUGUACUUGUCAACUAGGAUGCCAGUUAAUGUUGCAAUGUUAUGAUGACAUGAUUCACUUGUGUGUUUCCUUGUACAACAUACAGUAUUUACAACCAUGUCUUGCUGCUCUUAAAUACUAAUUAACAAUACAAGAAGCUGGUAGUAUAACUUUUUAAGUAAUUUUAUUACCUCUGAUUAUUAGCCAAACUGAUAGUUCUAGCAUGAGCUACUAUACGUCAAAUUUGAAAAGGAUAAAAUCCACAGCUUUUGCUGUUGUCCAGGUUCUUUCCUGAAAUAAUGUACGCUUUUAGGCAAUUUGCAGUGGCGCACACCUAUGAAUAAUUACACAAAGGUAUCAUGUUCUUAUUCAAACCAGUUGUGGUUGUACAUUUCUGAAGUUUUAUGUUGUACUUCUAUUUCAAUGUAUUAAUUUCAUUUGCAAGAGUUGGCUGUUAACUAUUGCACUGUUUCAAUGUUUAAACAGGCAAUCACUACAAUGUAAGUGUUGUAUUAAAGUUUUAGAUAAAAAAGUGCAUUGAAAAUAAAACUAUACAUCCAUCUAUAUUUUGUGAAAAUUGUCACAUUGUUGCUCUUACCUGGCUAUUCUCUUUGUUGCUUCAACAUUGUAGACUAAUGCUUGUAUACUACCUUUUCUGUUUUAUUCAUCAAUCUUUUUACUGAAGAAUCUGUGUAAAUAUUUUAAAUGAUGUUUUCAUUGUAAAUGAUUAUAAAAUGAAUUUUCUCCACACAGUUGUGUUUUGGUAUUAAUAUAGUACAAGUGGUUUAUGUUGUAUAGUAAACAGUGUGAAAGGGCCAGCACCGAUGAUAUAUCACCAUGGGAGACACUCCUGCUGGCUUUUGUUGGAAGGAGAACUUUUGGCUACAUUAGGAAAUGUCAUGUUGUAUCUUAAUAGAAUGACUGGACACUGAUAAAGUUAAAGCACUUCAUUUCUUGCAUUGAUGAUGGUAACAUGGUAAAGAAAGUGUCUCCAAUAAAUAAAACAUUUCACUGUU